AUGGAUGCAUUGUAUAAUGGCUCAAUUCCUAAUGGUGAUCGUGGUAGAAGAAAAAGUAAAUUUAUUUUAAAAGAACGAACACAAGCAAACGGUUUAAAAGCAUUGAGUCAACAUCUAUGUAAAAAUGCCGAAGAAGUACAGAAAUUAACUACAUCUAAUGUACAUUCAAUAUCCUAUACACUAUCAAGAAAUCAAACAAUUGUAGUACAAUAUGCACGUGAUGAAGAAACAGAUAUGUUUCAAAUUGGUCGAUCAUCUGAAAGUCAAAUUGAUUUUAUUGUUAUGGAUACUGUUCCAAAUGCCAAAACAUUUGAUGAAUUAAACGUCACACAAAGUACAAUAUCAAGGUUCGCUUGUCGAAUUGUUGUUCAACGAGAACCACCAUAUACAGCAAGAAUCUAUGCAGCUGGCUUCGAUUCAUCAAAAAAUAUUUUUCUCGGGGAAAAAGCAAUUAAAUGGAAAAGUGAGAAAAAUGAAAUGGACGGUGUUACGACUAAUGGGAUAUUAUUAAUGCAUAUGGAUUGUGGUGAAUUUAAUAGUGGUGCUAAACCAACAAAGUGGAAGGAAGUAUCUGUUGGUGGAAGUGUGUUUGAUCUCGGAGAAGGACGAUUAAAAUUUAAUUAUCAGUCAGCGACAUCAUCUGGAAAUGAUAACAUAUUGAAAGAUGGUACAUUAAUCGAUCUUUGUGGUGCCACAUUAUUAUUUCGUUCUAAUGAAGGAUUAAAACAUACGCCGGUAAUGAUAACACGUCGAUUACUUGAAAUUGAAUUAGAACAAUUGAACAGUACAAAACCACAAUGUCCAGUUGGUUUAAAUACAUUAGUAAUUAAAACUGUAUCCCCAUCAUCAAAUCUCAAUGAGCAAAUACCAUUUGUUUAUGUUUCAUGUGGUCAUGUACAUGGGAAUCAUGACUGGGGAGUUAAAGAAGAUUUAAAACGUGAAUGCCCUUUAUGUAGAACGAUCGGACCGUAUAUCCCAAUAACAAUGGGUAUUGAGCCAUCGUUUUAUAUUAACUGUAACGACUCAACAACAACACAUUGUUUUCAACCGUGUGGUCAUAUUACAUCAGAAUCAACAGCAUUACAUUGGAGUAAAAUAAAAGUGCCAUUAGGUUGUAGGGGUUUAAAAUCCGUUUGUCCAUUUUGUUCAACAGCAUUAUCCGAAAUAAAACCAUUUGUUAAAUUAAUUUUUCAAGAUUCAAUGCCUAAUAUAAAACAGUGA